AUGUUUGGCCUUUCCAAAUGGGCCGUUGCCCUCGCCGCUGCUGCCGGCGUCAUGCAGGCUGCUGCCACUGAAGUGAAACCCGGAACCGCCGCCGACGUGAUUGUCACCCCCAAGAACAGCAUCACCAGCCCCAAGAACUACAAGGGCGGUCUUCAGGGCACCUCUCAUGGAACUCAGGACGGCUCCCCUCUUGAGUUGACCAUUACCAGCAACAUUGCCGGCAGCCUUAACUCAUACGUGACUGCUCUUGACAGCAGCAACGCCCCCGUCCUGCUGCAGCCUGAUGGAACCUGGUUCUACCCAACCAACCCUGGCUCCGGCGGUACUCCCCAGCCCAUUGACUCGUCUACUGUCACUAUCCCCUUGAACGGUCAGGGCCAGACCACCACCUACAGCAUUCCCGGAUACUGCUCGUCUGCCCGUGUUUGGUUUGCCGUUGGCGAGCUUCAGUUCUUCACCGUUGGUAACGAGGACGGUUCUUUCUCCAUUGUCCAGCCUUCCCAGGCCAACCCCGAUGACCCCAGCGCCGGAAUCAACUGGGGAUUCAUCGAAUUCACUUACACUGGAGAUGGUGGUCUCUGGGCCAACAUCUCUUACGUCGACUUCGUCGGUCUUCCUCUGGGUAUGACCCUCACUGACACCAGCGGUGGUAUCCAGCAAUCCCUUGGUCUUAGCGGCGACGCUGUCACCAGUGUUUGCAACGACCUCAAGACCCAGGCUGCUGCCGAUGGCUUGCCAUGGGACCAACUCUGCCAGGAAAUCGACGGUAACGUCUUGCGUGUACUUGCUCCUGGCGACUUUGUCGCCGACGACACUAGCAGCGGUUUCAGCGACUACUUCAACGACUACAUUGAUGAGGUCUACAGCAACUUCACCACCGACAACCCUUUGACCAUCGACACCCAGGGCGCUGCCGGCAAAGUCAGCUGCACCUCCGAUGGCACCACUCUUACUUGCGAUGGCGAUGAGAUUACCUACGCAAAGCCCUCCGUUGGUGACAUCUUUGGCUGCAACACUGGUCCCUUCGCCAACACUGGCAGUGACACCCACAAGGCCGACCUUGCUCGUCUGUGUGCUGCUUUCAACCGUGGUACUUUCCUCGUCCCCGGUGGCAACGUCCAGCCCAGUGUUGGUGCUGAUGACUACUACACCACUGCCCCAUGCAACUACUACUCGUCCAUUGUGCACAAGUACGAAGUUGACGGCAAGGGCUACGCUUUCUCCUACGAUGAUGUCAACCCCAGUGACGAGAACGCCUCUGGUGUCGUCUCUUCUGCCAACCCCAAGAACCUCGGUGUCACCGUCGGUGGCCCUACCAACAACGGCACCACUGCUGUGCCCGCCCGCCGCAUUCGCCGCUUCCGUCAGUACUAA